AUGCAAUUGUUAAUUUUAGCUCCUUGCGUGGGUGCCGUUCUGACUUGAACAGCCGGCUGUAGCCUUCAUUAGAGAAGAAGCAGGCAGCUUGAGACAGGUGGAGCCGGAUCAAGCUGUGAACGUGAUUUGCUGGAAGCUGGUUGACGAUGAUGUGUCAAACUGUGUAAGGGAGUCGCAUGGAGAUGGGCAUUCUGAACUGUUAAUGGGGACAUGGGACUCCAGUUGUCUCUGAUCACUGGUGUGGAUUUUCCUGGUGUAGAACGACAGAAGCCGCUAGUAAGUCUCCAGGACCUACAGCAAGAAUUCUGCACAGAAGGGCAUCAAACCUUGUUAUUUUAAUCUGUGUCUGGGAGAAUGUCUGAGCAAGGUGACCUGAAUCAGGCGAUAGUGGAGGAAGGUGGGACUGAGCAGGAGACGGCUGCUCCAGAGAACGGCAUAGUUAAAUCGGGAAGUCUGGACGAGGAGGAGAAGCUGGAACUGCAGAGGCGGCUGGCGAUUCAAAACCAAGAGAGAAGAAAAUCCAAGUCAGGAGCAGGAAAAGGUAAACUGACUCGCAGUCUUGCUGUCUGUGAGGAAUCCUCAGCCCGGCCAGGAGGCGAAACUCUUCAGGAUCAGGAAUCAAUUCAUUUACAGCUUUCCAGUUUUCCCAGCCUGCAAGAGGAUGAUAAAUCUAGGAAAGAUGACUCUGAAAGAGAAAAAGAAAAGGAUAAAAACAAAGAUAAAACCUCUGAAAAACCCAAGAUCAGAAUGUUAUCAAAAGAUUGCAGCCAAGAAUAUACGGAUUCUACAGGCAUAGACUUACACGAGUUUCUGAUUAAUACAUUAAAGAAUAAUUCCAGGGACAGGAUGAUACUCUUGAAAAUGGAGCAGGAAAUUAUUGAUUUCAUUGGUGACAACAAUAAUCAUUAUAAAAAGUUCCCUCAGAUGUCAUCAUAUCAGAGGAUGCUUGUCCAUCGGGUGGCAGCUUACUUCGGGCUGGAUCACAACGUGGAUCAAACAGGGAAAUCUGUUAUCAUCAACAAGACCAGCAGCACCAGAAUACCAGAGCAAAGGUUUUGUGAACAUUUAAAAGAUGAAAAAGGUGAAGAAUCCCAGAAGCGGUUUAUCUUGAAGCGAGAUAACUCUAGUAUUGAUAAAGAAGACAAUCAGCAAAACAGAAUGCAUCCAUUUAGAGAUGACAGACGAAGUAAAUCAAUUGAAGAGAGAGAAGAGGAAUAUCAGAGAGUGAGGGAGAGAAUAUUUGCACACGAUUCAGUUUGCUCCCAGGAAGGCCUUUUUGUGGAAAACAGUAGGCUCUUGGAAGACAGUAACAUAUGCAAUGAGACCUAUAAGAAAAGACAGCUCUUUCGGGGCAACAGAGAUGGCUCAGGGAGAACAUCUGGGAGUCGACAGAGCAGCUCGGAGAAUGAACUCAAGUGGUCCGACCACCAGAGGGCCUGGAGCAGCACAGAUUCUGACAGCUCUAACCGCAAUCUGAAGCCCACCAUGACCAAGACGGCGAGUUUUGGGGGCAUCACGGUGCUGACCAGAGGUGACAGCACGUCCAGUACCAGGAGUACCGGGAAUCUGUCCAAAGCAGGUAGUUCAGAGUCUUCCAGCAGCGCAGGCUCCUCCGGAUCUCUGUCCCGCACCCAUCCACCUCUCCAGAGUGCAUCCCUGGUCUCGGGCGUGGCAGUCAGUUCGUCAGGCUGCGUGCCCUAUCCGGAGAAUGGCAUGGGGGGCCAGGUCGCUCCCAGCAGCACCAGCUACAUCCUCCUUCCAUUCGAAGCUCCAACAGGCAUCCCGCCCGGAAGCAUCCUUCUUAAUCCACACACAGGCCAGCCCUUUGUGAAUCCUGAUGGAACUCCUGCAAUAUACAACCCACCCACCAGUCAGCAGCCCCUGCCCGGUGCAAUGGUGGGGCAGUCCCAGCAGCAGCCACAGCAGCAGCCCUCUCCGCAGCCUCAGCAGCAGGUCCAGCCUCCACAGCCACAGAUGGCAGGCCCAUUGGUCACUCAGGGGCUGCAGGCUUCCUCCCAGUCAGUGCAAUAUCCAGCCGUCUCUUUUCCUACCCAGCAUCUCCUGCCUGUGUCUCCAACGCAGCACUUCCCUGUGAGAGAAGAUGUGGCAACACAGUUCAGCCAGAUAAACUUGAGCCGGCAAUCCUCAGGAGAGACUCCCGAGCCUCCUUCAGGUCCUGUCUACCCGUCAUCCCUCAUGCCACAACCAACCCAACAGCCAAGCUACGUCAUCGCCUCCACAGGCCAGCAGCUUCCUCCAGGGGGGUUCUCAGGCUCUGGACCUCCCAUCUCCCAGCAAGUCCUCCAGCCCCCUCCCCCACCACAGGGAUUUGUGCAACAGCCUCCAACUGCACAGAUGCCAGUAUAUUAUUACCCAUCUGGCCAGUACCCUACCUCAACCACACAGCAGUACCGGUCCAUGGCCUCGGUUCAGUACAAUGCUCAGAGGACUCAGCAGAUGUCACAGACGGCACAGCAAGCAGGUUACCAGACGGUCUUAUCUGGUCAACAGGGAUUCCAAGGCCUGAUGGGGGUGCAGCAGCCACCUCAGAGUCAGAGCGUAAUGAGCAACCAACAAGGAACUCCGGUGCAAAGCGUGAUGGUCUCCUACCCGACAAUAUCUUCUUAUCAGGUGCCAAUGACCCAGGGUUCUCAAGGACUGCCCCAGCAGUCAUACCAACAGCCAAUCAUGCUACCUAACCAGGCAGGUCAAGGGUCCCUCCCAGCCACCGGAAUGCCUGUUUACUGUAAUGUCACACCGCCGACCCCUCAGAGCAACCUUAGGCUGAUUGGCCCACCCUGCCCCUCCAGCACCGUCCCUGUGAUGUCGGCCAGCUGCAGGACAAACUGUACAAGUAUGAGCAAUGCCGGGUGGCAAGUCAAAUUCUGAGAGCUCUGGCUGUGGCACAUUUCUUCACAUAUUACUCAUGGCCUUUACGAGAAGAGGAGCAAGGUGGGAACACUGGCUGGGGACUUAAGUAUUCACUCAACACUCAAGUGGUUGCUGCUGGUAUUCUGUAAAAAACAAAGACUAAUACACAUGUUAGCUGGUUAAUGGUGCAUAUUUCUGUCAUGUCUGCUAGGUAUGCCUUUAUAGCUUAGCUAGUGACAUGAAUUCAUCAAGGUAAGAUUUUUUCCUACCACUGAAUACCACUGUGUAGAUUAUAAUAUCCCUAAUUUGGAUUAGUUUUGUACUUUGUGUUGAGUUUGUGAUGCUAAAAAGUAUUUAAAAAUAAUAUACUGAAAUCACAUUGUACCAAAGCUGUAAUGGGAAAAGAAAAGAAGAAUUGAUGAAUGGAAGGAAUAAUUUAUAUACAUUAUAGAGUUUUCUUUUUUUAAUGGAUAUAUAUUGUAUUGUAGUGUUUAAUCAAAAUAAAAUUAUUUGACCUUAUGGAGGAAGGUCAUGUUUUUACCACCAGUUUGGUUCACUCUCUCUCCCAUAUGUGUUUUAUCAGGUGUAUUUCAUGCAUAAAGCAUGGAAAAGAUGUUCUAGAUAUUUGCAAGUGAUCUGGUGUCAUAUUGGGAGAUGCUAUCGGCUAAACUUAAUUAGCUGUAGUAUCUUGUCACAAUCUACAGGGGUCCAAGGGAUAAGAUGACAUCCAUUUCAUUCAUUCAUUGAGCUCACAUAUUUUUAAUGUGUCUGAUGUUUUUAGUUUUAGGGCUAUUGAACACAUGUGAUUCACCAACUAGAGUGUCAUUGGUAACCCCAGCCCUACACCAAACACUGUCCUACCUUCAUCCAGAUUCACCAUGGACCCAGAAAACAAAAUAGUUUUGUUCAGAGGAAAAAUAAAAGAGGCAUGGUCUAAUCCCACCAGUGAUAUUGGACAAUAUGAUGUAAAACGGCACUAGUUUUGACAGAGUCCCAGAAUAACUCCAAGGUGCUCGUGUCCCAGUAACUUAAAACAAGGUAAAAUAUAGCAAUAAUUAAGACACAAAGACCCAGAAAAUUGGAAAGACAUUUAGAAGAAGGCUGUGGCUGGCUCGUCCCAAAAUGUUUAGUCCCCUAUAGAUUCUGCAGGUAGGACUGAUUUAUGACAACUCUGAAUAGGUAGUUUUAGACUUGGGGAGAUAUUUAAUGGGGGGAAAACUCUUAUAACUUUGACUUUCCUACCACAGUACAAUAACUAAUAGUUUUGCAUUUUAUGCUUUCUGCCUAAAACCCAUUAUUACCAAUGAGAGAGACAUGGAAAGUACAUCUCGAUAAUUCCCUUGGUUUUUCACAUUGUAAUAUUCUCUAUAUACGAUUUUCCUUUUUCAUGUUGUUAAGUUGGGGAUAGAAUUAAGUGACUAGUUGAAAACUCUACCUAACAUGUUAUCAUUUCUUAGUUUCAUAUCCUCUUUUCCUUUUUCCUUUAAAAGGUAACUUUUCCACAUACUCUCAUUAGCACUGU